AUGUCUGACAAAACUGACCUGAAAGCGGAGCUUGAGCGUAAAAAACAGCGUCUUGCUCAGAUCCGAGAGGAAAAGAAAAGAAAAGAGGAAGAGAGAAAAAAGAAAGAGGCAGAGAUUCAGCAGAAGACAGAGAAUGUGUCAGAGGACUCAGACUUGGAUAGAAAACGAAGAGAAACAGAAGCUCUCCUACAGAGCAUUGGGAUCUCUCCUGAACCCCCAUUAGUGCAGCCGCUACAGCUUUUAACAUGGGAUACCUGUUAUUUUCAUUAUUUAGUCCCAACCCCUAUGUCUCCCUCUUCGCAAUCAGUGAGCACACCCAGUGAGACCGGUAGCCAGGAAUCAGUUGACGGAGGCACGUUAGGAAGAACCCUGCAAUGGGACACUGAGCCUUCAGCUCUCCAGCUGAUAGCUGACUCAGAGCUUGGUCGCAGGAUGCAUAGAUUAGGGGCAUCACCAAUUGUUCAAAUUGACUUCUUGCCCAAAGAGCUGGUGACAUAUUCUAAAGAAACGCAGACUCCAGUUGCAGCCAAUCAAUCUGAAGAGGAUGAGGAAGAAGAUGAAGUCUCUGUAGUCAAACCUGAGCCUCAAACAGAUCAACAAGAGAAUGAGCAUUCUCAGGAGAACAAAGAAGUUCACCCAAGGGAACUCACAGAGGAGGAGAAGAAGCAAAUUCUACACUCUGAAGACUUCCUUGUUUUUUUUGACCGAACUGUGCGUGUGGUGGAGCGUGCAUUGGCUGAGGACUCUGACAUUUUCUUUGACUACAGUGGACGUGACAUGGAGGAGAGAGAGGGGGACAUGCAGGCUGGUUCCAAUUUAUCCUUCAGUCGAUGUUUCUAUGAUGAACACUGGUCCAAACAUCGUGUUAUCACGUGUCUUGACUGGUCCCCUCAGUACUCUGAAUUGCUAGUGUCAUCCUACAACGCUAAUGAGGAUGCACCGCAUGAACCAGAUGGGGUCGUUCUGGUGUGGAACAUGAAAUUUAAAAAGUCCACUCCAGAGUACAUAUUCCACUGUCAGUCCUCAGUGAUGUCGGUGGGUUUUGCUCAGUUCCAUCCCAAUCUGGUGGUGGGGGGCACAUACUCUGGGCAGAUAGUGUUGUGGGAUAACCGCAGUCACAGAAGGACUCCUGUGCAGAGAACACCUCUGUCUGCAGCCGCACACACUCACCCCGUUUACUGCGUGAAUGUGGUGGGGACACAAAAUGCCAACAACCUGAUUACAGUGUCCACAGAUGGCAAGAUGUGUUCCUGGAACCUGGACAUGCUCUCACAGCCACAGGAGAGUAUGGAACUGGUUUACAAUAAGUCUAAACCUGUAGCAGUGACUUGCAUGGCCUUCCCUGCGGGGGAUGUCAAUAACUAUGUGGUUGGCAGUGAGGAGGGGACUGUGUACACAGCAUCCCGCCAUGGCAGUAAGGCUGGUAUCUGUGAGAUGUUUGAGGGACACCAGGGGCCUGUGACAGGAAUCAGCUGUCAUAAUGCUGUGGGCCCGAUGGACUUCUCCCAUCUCUUCACCACAUCCUCAUUUGACUGGACAGUCAAACUGUGGACAACCAAACAUAAUAAGCCAUUGUACUCCUUUGAGGAUAAUGCAGACUAUGUUUAUGAUGUCAUGUGGUCUCCGGUGCAUCCGGCUCUAUUUGCCACGGUGGACGGGAUGGGCCGUUUGGACCUCUGGAAUUUAAACAGUGACACAGAGGUGCCCACUGCGAGUGUGACAGUGGAGGGCUCGUGCGCCCUGAACCGCGUGCGAUGGGCAUCGGGUGGCAAAGAAGUGGCAGUGGGAGACUCAGAAGGUCGGAUCUGGAUCUAUGACGUAGGAGAGCUGGCAGUGCCCCAUGCCGAAGACUGGACCAAAUUUGCCCGUACCCUUGUAGAAAUCCGUGCCAACCAGGGAGACAGAGAGGCGGAGGGUUCUCUGGAGCUAGCUGCCUAA